AUGGCCCAAGUCUCAGAAAAGCCCGUCAAGCCACGGAAUGGAGGGGGUUGGCUAGCAGCAGGCGUCUUCAUACUGCUUUCAAUGCUCGCAGCCUAUUAUAUGCGCAUUGCAACUAACCUCGCUGGAAUUGGUGAAAAGAUGGAGUAUAUCAACAAGAUCAAAUACUUUCCCGACAAUGGUGUUUCACUCCGGACUAUAUAUACUGGGAUUGCCCCGCUGGACACCUUCCUUUCAUUUCUGGUGUCGGCAUUCCUCUCUGGAGCAGCAGGGUGGGACCGGGGAUUCUAUGUUCUUCAAUCUUACUUCCUGGUGUCCUUCUUCCCUAUCGUGACAAUUUUUUCGAUCGAAUCGUGCAGGAAACGCAAUCACCUCGCUUUGACCAGCUUCACCAGCAUAUGGGCAUUGUUCUACCAGACUGUCGGGGGCGCCGUCAUCAUCCCCUUGUAUUAUUUGGCAUACCUCCGAGAUUCCAGAGGGAGCAAAUACUGGUCGGCAGAGUCAAGACAGGUCCCCUUGGCUUAUGCAAAAGCCUUGUUACCAGCGUUGGUGAUCGGAUACCUGGUCCCGACGAUCUUGAUGUUCUUUCCAUACUCGGAGAAAAAUUACUGGACGACACAGGGAAUGGUCGCCCUAUGGCAGCCGUCACCAUGGUUCGUCAAUGCCAUUUUGUGGGCGUGUUCCUCGUUUUACGCCAGCUCGGGCUCAGAAGCCGAGGACACCGUGGCUCCUUUGGUCGACGUGAAAUAUCUGGGAUCCAUAUACUCCGUAGCUCUUAUCGUAUCGGCUAUCUCGCAUGUUGCCACGAUGAGCGUGUGUCUAUUCUCGGGCGAUCUGCAGCACUCAUUCAGUCACGUCUUUGUUCCGGGCAGCCUUACGAACGACACGCCCUUGUUUGAUGCUCUUCGAAUGAUAUUUCAGGUCGACUUUUGGAUCAUCUCUGCCGCUUCUCUGGUGUGGGCUUAUCUUGCGGUCUGGGAUCUUAAAAGGAUUGGCAAGACCGAUGUGUCACUGAUUCAGACCACGGCUGCAAUUCUCCUGGGCUCCAUUGUUGUUGGUCCUGCAGCUGCGGUUACAGGAGUAUGGUACUGGCGAGAGCAUAUUAUGGCGAAGAAGAUUUCUGCUUAG